AUGAACCCAUUAGCAGACAUUGAUGUAGUUGUCACACUUGCUAAGAAGGGGACAACGAUUUUGCAAUGCAUGGACCGGCCGAUGUCUUUCCACACAAUGGAGGCCUUAAUCAGGAGAGAAUUCCAAACCUCAAUGUACAACGAAAUUAAAGCUCGAACAAAGGAGAAACAGUGGACAGUGGCACUCUCGGACAUACCCGGGUGGCCAAGAGUCGAAGCCGUUGCUGAGUUUAGACUACGUACCGGACACGAUGGCUUGGCGAAACUCCUUCACAGAUUGAGAUUAUACACUCAACCCACAUGCCCUCUAUGUAACCUACAUGAGGAAAUGGUAGUAUACACUCAACCCACAUGCCCUCUAUGUAACCUACAUGAGGAAAUGGAGAAGACCCACCUGAUUCGGUGUCUAGCCCUAAAGCCAACUACGGAAAGCCAAAAAUACUCUGAAGCAAGAAGACUGCUAAUGAACGGCUAUUGA